AUGGCCGCCAGGAGUCCCGAUUCUGAAACGAUAGAGUUAGACCGUGAAUACCUCGAUACGGUCACAGUCCAGGGCCGUGAGUAUCAGAAAUAUUCGAUCGAUCAUCGUACGUACUUUGGACCGGUCGAUGAGGAAGAAGCACAACGACUCGAAGACCAGCAACAAGUUUUCCAAAGAAUUUUCGAUAAUCGUUUGAUCUUCCCCCCAAUCCAUCGACUGAAAAGAGUUCUGGACUGUGGACAUGGAUCCGCAUCCUGGGCUGUGGAUGUUGCUGAGCAAAACCCUGACUGUGAAGUCAUCGGCGUAGACAUUGCCCCUCACAUGAGUCCAGACGACAUGCCUGACAACUUAUGGCUCCAGGUCGAUGACUUGAACCGCCGUUUCACCUUUCCUGCAAACCAUUUCGAUCUUGUCCACUCUAGACUCCUUGCGACCGGUAUCAACCGAUCGCGAUGGCCAUCCUAUCUUCUUGACAUAGUCAGGGUACUGAAGCCAGGAGGCUGGGUCCAAAUGGUGGAAAUAUACUUCAAUGUUCAAUCAGACAACGGCUCAAUCACUGAUGAGCAUGCUUUGAGGAGAUGGAGCACAAAAUACAUGCGUGCUCUGGAGGACAGGAAAGAUCUUCGGAUCGGAUCGAAGCUGAGGACUCUUAUGACCGAGGCGGGGUUCGUCGAGGUAGACACGAAGAUGAUUCCUCUUCCUCUGUCUGCGUGGUCGACUGACCAACGGAUGCGAGAAAUCGGCCGAUACAAUUGUCCGAACAUGCAGCAACUUCUGCGAUCACUUGCACUAUAUCCAUUGACUCAACGCUUGCAUAUGUCUCCAGAUGCUUUCAAUUCUUUGGUGGACCAAGCGCAGCAAGAAGCAGCAGACCCCACACUGAAGGCAUAUUUCCCACUGUAUGUUUGCAUUGGCAGGAAGCCAUGA